AUGGCGAAAAAGGCAAAGUCCUUGCUAUUCUCUUCCUCUUCUCCAAAAUCACUCCUAUCUUCAUUUCCUUCAUUCACUUCUCUCCCGGCUUCUCCUCUCAACCAGACUUUUUCUCAGUCGAUGAUGGAAGAAACCGUGGAGGCCACGGAAUCAAUCAUCAAGAAAUGGGAUCCAAACUCACCCUCCUACACAAAGAUCACCUCUCUCUUCAGCCACAGCAGAAAAGAGGCCAAAGAAUUCAUCAGAUGCGUCCGUGACUUACGCAGAGCCAUGCACUCUCUCGUCUCUCAACAACAACACUCUCAAUCUUCUAAGCUUGUUCUUGCACAGAACCUGAUGCAGAUCGCUAUGUCAAGGCUCGAGAAGGAGUUCUUGCAGAUUCUUUCUUCUAAUAGAGACCAGCUUGAUCCUGAAUCUGUCUCUGCUCAUUCCUCAAUCUCAAGCAAUUCAGAAUUUGAAGAAGUUAUACAAUCUUCUUCUGAUGAUGAAGACGAUGAUGGUCAUGAGCUGAAGAAGGCUGGUGAAUCGAUCAAUCAAGUUGAGAAAGCCUCAGCUCUAGUGAUGUCAGACUUAAAGGUCAUAGCAGAGACUAUGAUCAGCUGUGGAUAUGGCAAAGAGUGCAUAACAAGUUACAAGUCGAUCAGAAAGUCUAUUGUAGACGAAGGCUUACACUUGCUUGGGAUCGAGAAGUUCAAGAUCUCUCGGUUUAACAGAAUGGAUUGGGGAGUGGUCGAGAUAAUGAUCAAGAACUGGAUCAAAGCUGCAAAGAUUGGAGUCACAACACUCUUCCGAGGAGAGAAACUUCUCUGUGAUCACGUCUUCUCUGCUUCUUCUACUAUAAGAGAGUCUUGCUUCUACGAGAUAGCCAACGAAGCAGGACUUAAUCUCUUCAGGUUACCUGAGAUCGUUGCUAACAAGGAGAAUAAAACACAGCCUGAGAGGAUCUUCAAGCUGAUGGAUCUGUAUACAGCAACCUCUGACCUUUGGCCGGAAACAGAACAGAUCUUCCACUUUGAUUCAGUAGCUGCUGUGAAAACUCUGGCGCUCUCAUCGAUGAAGAAACUCAAGAUCUCAAUCCACACAUGUCUCAUGGAGUUAGAGAAGACAAUACAAAAGGAUUCUUCGAAAGGACUUACUCAUGGAGGAGGGAUUCACAAGUUGACUCGAUCAACAAUGAGUUUCAUAUCAUUGCUUUCUCAACACGGCACUGUGUUAUCUGAGAUUCUUGUAGAGCAUCCUCUUCAGAGCAUCACUGUAGACACUCGUUUGCUAGAAUCUUACUUCACAGCUCCAAUCUUGGAAGAUGAAAACAUCAACAACCACGAGAUCUCUGUCCAUCUAGCUUGGCUUAUACUGGUUUUACUCUGCAAGCUAGACAUGAAAGCAGAGAGCUACAAGGAUGUUUCACUCUCUUACCUCUUCCUCGUCAACAACACUCAGUUUGUGGUUGAUGCCGUACGUUCCACGACUCAUCUCAGGAGCCUCCUUGGAGACGAUUGGCUCAACAAGCAUGAAGCGAAAGUAAGAAGCUACGUUGCAAACUACGAGAACGCAGCGUGGGCUUAUGUUUACAUAGCUUUACCAGAGAGAACCAAUUCCACCAUAAGAAUAUCGCAAGAGGAGGCUAAAACACGUUUCAAGAAAUUUCAUGUGGCGUUCGAAGAAGUGUAUGUGAAACAAUCAUCGUGUGUUAUAUCGGAUGCGAAGCUGAGGGACGAGCUUAAGGUUUCUAUAGCGAAGAAACUUGUGCCGGGAUACAGAGAGUUUUACGACAAGUAUUUGAGACAGGAGACAAACAUAGAGAUGCUGGUGAGGUUUAAGCCUGAUAAUUUGGAGAACUACCUCUCAGAUCUGUUCCAUGGAACAGUAAUAUUUAGUGGCUCUUCUUCUUCUUUGUCUUCUUCUUCUUGUAUUUCACUUGGAUGUGUAAGAAACUAA